AUGACUGUUGUUGUGUCAUGGAAUCCAUCUGAGACAACCCUAGCAACAUUUCAAAACUACAUCACUGAAGAGUUCAAAGAUCUCUCCAUGUUCAUAGCACUGAGAGCUGUUCAUCACAGCGAUCUAACAUUUGAGUGUACUGCACCAAUCUGGGCUGUUAUAAAAAAAGCUAUCAAACGUGCAGCUGAUAGUUUAAGAAAUGGAAUUCAAAAACUCAUACUUAAUAAUGAAGAUAUAACAGAUCUCCCACCUCUUAAAGCUGAUGGUGAUGCUGUUCCUCCUGUUGAUGAUCAGGAGGCUAAGGAGUUCAAGUGCAAAGACAUAGAUCAAUACAAGAUGGAUACAACACCUGCACGUGGCUACUGCCUAGUUAUUAGUAUGAGUGGAAAAAAAGAAGAUCGUGAGCCAGGAAAUGGUAAAGAUGUCGAAAAGUUACGUUCCUUGUUUAAAGGUACUCUUAAAUUUGCCUUUAAAGUAUACAAGGAUUUUUCUAGAAGUCAAAUUGAUGAGUUAAUGACAAACGUGCAAAAAACUGAUCACAAUCAGUCAAGCUGCUUUGUUAUGUUUAUCCUCGCUCAUGGUAAUACCGAUGAAGAUGGUGAUACUGUUUUUUAUACAUGUGAUAAGGUUGAAGAAGAAGGUAAAACUGUUGAGAAAUGUAAUCCAUAUAAAGUCUCAGCCAUUAAAGACAGACUUGAAACAACCAAAAAAGGUUUACGUGGUAAGCCAAAGCUCCUUUUUAUCCAGUCAUGCAGAGGAGGAACUGAUAACCGUGGAGUACUUGCCAGGGAUGAUCCUAAUGAUGAGGAGAGCAACAAAAUAAUACCAUUUGGAUCAGAUUUUUUGAUGUCAUUUGCAACCAUUAAAACGAAUUUUUCUUACCGAAAUAUUGAUGGUAGUCCUUUUAUUAGGCACUUAUGCUAUGUCUUCAAUACUUACCGUAACACGCAUGAUGUCUUGUCAAUGAUGACGAUAGUUGCAAUGAGGAUGUCAGCUUGGAGUGGCACAACAGGCGAUGGUUUACAUGUGAAACAAAUUCCAGAAUUUACAUCCACGCUUAGGAAGUUUCUUUACUUUCGUGACGCUAGUGAAGAGAAUUAAAUCUAAAAAAGAGCCAUUCUAAGUAAAUGUAAUUUUGCUGUGGAACAGAACUUUAAUUUUAUAGUGGAACAUUAU